AGAGUUUCCUACUUGAUCUGGACACGAUGUCAUUCACAUGAAGAUUCCACUUCAGGUCUGUUUGGAUUAUGACCCCCAACAGCUUUACAUGGUUACAUUUGUCAAUGACAUGACCAGAAAUAGUGAUUGGAUCUGGCAAAGGACAAAUAUCACCAUUCGUGUUUGUAAAGGACAUUCAAGGGGGCUUAUCCUGGUAAUAUUCGUGCGUGAAUGACUAUGAUCAGAGGAACCAUCAGGUCUUCCUGCAGUGGUGAUGUAGCAGAUAUCCUUCGAAGCAUGAGAAACAUAAUGAUGUGGUCUGCUAGAGCGUGUCUCUACCCCUAUGCAUUCUUGCUGGGCAUCGUUACAGUCGUCGUCAUAUUUCAAUUGAUUAACAUCGUUGACCCACCUUACGUCAUCAAGUCUAAACACGGCAUCGAUGAAGUUGAUUAUGAUGACAAUCCGGCUGGACCCCCACCAAGAUGCAACUGGAAUGUACACAUAUUCGAUAAGAUCAGGACAUUGAACAAAGCUUCAGAAUUUACAGCCUUGAUGUCAAAACUCAAAAAGGUGACGAAAUACAGAUAUGCAACUGGUAAACCCAUGGUAUGCAAAGGUGACCAGGGUCAGAUUCCGUGUUAUAUGAAGAUAACGGUUUCACUGAACGAGACGGACCUGCGAAACAAGGACGCGGUGGUCUUCGGGAUGUCCGCGGUAUCUAUGAGAGAGGCAAUAGCUCUAAUGAUGUCUAAACGUCGGAUAGACCCCGAUCAACUUUGGGUCUUCAUGACGAUGUUAUCACCUCUGGAGAUUAAGAAGCGUUUUCCACGUAUCGGUAGUUUUCCAUCGCAUAUCACGUGGUCGUACCUGACGUCGUCCGACGUGGUUAAUCCGUAUGCGCAAUAUUCUGUGAACGAACCGACGGAUAAGUUCAACGUCACUUACGGUCACUACGUCAGGGGAAAACGGAAACUGGUGGCUUGGAUGGGGGACAAUUGCGGUGAUAAAGACUUCUGGCCAAGGAAAGCCUAUCUGGCGGAGCUAAUGAAGCAUGUACCCGUGGAUCUUUAUGGAGAAUGUACUAAUCUUACGUGUCUCCCAAGAAACUCGGAGCAAUGUGGCAUGUUGAUGAGUCAAUACAAAUUUUUCCUUGCCUUUGAAAGUUCCGAAUGCCGGGAAUACAUCACGGAGCCUUUCUGGUUCACAGCCCUCAAACACCAAUCCGUACCUAUCGUCUAUGGUCCUAAGAAGGAUUCCUACCUCAAGCUGGCACCACCACUGUCUUUUAUUCACAUCUCAGACUUUGAGUCCCCACAAGCACUGGCAAAUUACCUGAAGUCACUUGACAAAAACGAUGGAUUAUACUCUCGUUUCUUUAAGUGGCGACAUUCAGGGUCUUUAAAACCCCGGUACCCUCCGUUCAAACCGGAAUCUCUGUGCAAACUACUCCCAUACAUAGAAGAUAUGAAGAUCAGAAAAUUUGAAAAGGAAGCACUGUCAAAUACAAAAUGGCUGAGUAGUUGCAGAAAUAAAAAUAUAACUUCAAUGCAUUCAUUAAGUAACUGGACUCCUUGGAAAUAAUACAUUAUAUCUCGUCUUUUUAUGAGGUCCCUUUCGAUAGAUAAAGCAUGACGUUGACGUUUUGUUGACACGAAAGUGCUUCAAGACAUUACGACAUUGUGAAUCCGGUGGACAAGAUGGUGGAGUUUUACCGAUAAACCCGAACUUGCUAUUUCAAUCAGGGAUGGCACGGAAGUGGGAGGGGGAGAUAAAUACAGAUAAGAGAUUAUUUAUUAUUGGUUUUCUUUGUUUUAUACUCAGUUUUAUAGAUUUAAUAAUAAGCGUAUAACAUAAUACUGUUUUUUCCUUUCUUUCUCUUCGGUCCCCCCCCCUUUUUUUUUGGGGGGGGGGUGAUUUUUCAUUAUUUGAUAAAGAUAUGGUAUGGGCGGUCAUUUUAUGUGGCGGCGUUUGACCAUGCUUUGCCAGCUUCAAUAUGAUGGACUUUAUCACAAAAGUUCAAAUCAGAAUGGUAUGACCAAAUGCACUGAUAUGCUACUAUAUGGCUACUCCAACGUACAACUAUCCAUAACCAUGAUAACAGCCAAGUCAGUGGCUAGCUCAACCUGGUGUUAAAGAACUUGGUCAAGCUAAUGGUACCAUUGGAUUUUGCUGUUUUAAAGAUUGGGUUAUUUUGGAGACUAAUGGCGCAGUCACAUUUCCCCUACGGCGGCCGUACGGCGAGUCGAAAACAGCCGUUUAAACAUUUUUUGUACUAGUUACAUAAUAAUAGGUGGUUUGAAUAAACAUGAAUAAAACAGCUGUUUUCGACUCACCGUAUAUUGGAAAUGUGACUGCAGCAUGAAUAUCGGUCGGGUUUGAUUCAGCACCAAAAAUAUCGGCUUUUCCUGCACAAUCGCCAUAAAAAUCGGCACGUGUUGCUUGUGAUAGACUGAAUAGUUAAAUUUUAAUGAAACGAUGUUACUGUGCAAAGUUCUUUAAUCUAUGCAUGAUUUUUAGAAAUCUUUUAAAUACUGUAUUUUUUUAAUUAUGAUUCUUUAUUUUUGGCAUGUAUUUAUUACAUGUUUAGUUUGAUCAUUAUUUUUCAUUUCAUUUCUUUACUUUUCUUUCCAUUUCGGAGGGGGGGGGGGGGCGCAAUCACUAAAACUGCUCCAAUGUGUUCUUUAUUUUAUGAGGUUUUUUCAUUUAUUUAAUUUUUUUUUUUGGGGGGGGGAGGUUGUUUCACAAUUCUUUCAUUUCAAUUGUUUUUCUUUAUAGUAUGUAAGCUAAUCAAAAAUCCUAAAACGAUUGAGUUUGAUAACGUUUUCACUUUUUCCCUGCCUUUUCUUUCCUUUCUUCUUUAGUUCUUGGUUGUGAAACUUUUUAUGGGGAGGGUCCUUGGCCGCCAAGCCCCGCGAUCUGUACACCAGAGUGUCACGUGGGAAGUGACUUUUUUUAAAUUAUUUACUUACUGCUGCUUGACACCAAAUAAAGAAUACGUAGAACUGAUGAAUAUAGUUAUUAAAAAUAUUUAAUCAUAUCUCUUCAAUCUUUCUGAUGUUCUCUUUUGAUGGUUUUACAAUAAUUUGUACAUGAAAAUAUACACAGAUAUAACAAAAUACAACUUAACUUAACGGUAAUCGUGGACUCUAGCCCCCAUCAUCUCAUCUGGCCUGACAUGCCCCACUCGGCCCUGGUGGUCGGUCCAGUUCCUGGCCUCCGCAGCUAGGAUGUCUCUUCCACUCGGCCUCGGCCUCCGCAGACUGUGUUGCCCCUCGAUGAGUAGCCCUCAGAUCAAAGAUGUGGCUUCAACGAAUUAGUGGACGAGAUCGAGCCCCCAAUGAUGACAUGAAUUGUGUCGAAUCAUGUCGGUGGAGAACCGGUGGCAGCUGGGGUCGUUAUCUCGUCACCGACGUAGUCCCUCAGUUUUAACUUAGACUGCCUAUACGAACAUCUGUAGUCUAUUCUAGCUUAGGUGGUUCUCCUUGAAUUAAUGAAACUAACCUCCUAAUAUACCCCUUACAAAUUAGAUUAUGACUAGCUGUUUGAUUGGAUGUGAUAGAUAGAUAGAUUGAUUGAUUGGUUAAUUGAUUGAUUGAUGGAUAAUUGAUUGAUUGAUUGUUGACGCUUAAAUGAAAUUACGAUGUCAACAGCGGGGCUAAAGAAGGCAGGGGGUAGGGGCGGUUGCUCCAUGUGAUCUUUCUAGUGGUAAAAAUAGGGGGGAAAGGGACAAAAAGAAGAAAGGACGGUACAAAAAAGAAAUGUAAUUGUUUAUUACCCAUAUCACU